AUGGACAUUAAAGGUGUCAUUGAACAACUGGAGACAGGAGAUCAGGGAUGCGCUCUAACAGCGCUGCGAAGCUUCAACUCACAGAUGACCCAUUGUUUCACGUUCGAAAUUGAAGAUGGAGACCAAAGAGAGCAUGUUGGCAAGUUAGUUGUUGGCUUAUUGAAAAGGGACCUGCAGCCUUCAUGUCAGCUGGCUUGUCUGGAGACUAUCCGUAUCCUGUCACGGGACAGGAGAUGCCUUGGUCCUUUCAUCACCUGUUCUGCCAUGAAUACAUUGGCCCGGUAUGCAGGCAUUGCUGUGGGUUGUACCAGCACAGAACAUCAACAUGAGCAAAGAACAGAACAAGGUGACGAAUCCUGGCAAUGUUCUGAAAAUCCAGACUUGGAAGUGAUUGUGGAGGCACUGAAGACCAUCUGUAACAUUGUUCUGUACAAUGACACAGCUCAGGUGGUGGCUGCAGAGUUACAACUUAUUCAAGGAGUGGCUGAAAGGCUAAAACAAUGUCGUGAUCCUACCUGGACAUACGAGGUACGCUUCUUUGAUUUGCGACUAACCUUCCAGCUGACUGCUCUGAGAGUGGACAUCAGAGCACAGCUGGCCAAAGAGCUACAUGGAGUAUGCCUCCUUGGGAACCAGCUGGAUGCUAUUCUGGAUCUGUCAUGGCCUGACUCACUGGAGACCUGCAGGAAGGGCUUUGAAGAUGUUCCAUCCGAGGAACUGCCCCCUCUGUCCAAGCAGCAGAUUGAACUCGCUAUGGAGGCACUCAAAAUCCUCUUCAAUGUUACUUUUGAUACCGCGAGGCGCAAAGUGGAUGAGGAGGAGGCUGCUGAAUGUAGACAUUUGGGAGCCAUCCUGAGACACUGUCUGAUGAGCCACUCUGAAAGUGAACAACUCACGGAGGAGUUCCACAGCCACACUAUCAAUCUGCUGGGUAACCUGCCGAUAUCCUGCCUGGAUGUACUGCUGAUGCCAAAAGUACAGCCCACUUCCAUUGAGUACAUGGGAGUCAAUAUGGACGCUGUCCACAUGCUGUUGGACUUUAUGGAGAGGAGAAUGGACCGGGAACACAAGUUAAAAGAAACGCUUCUUCCGUCUUUGAAUUUAUUGACCGAAAGUUCCCGUAUCCACAGAGAAACCAGAAAGUUCCUACGCUCUAAGGUGCUGCCUCCUCUGAGGGACGUGGUGAACAAACCAGAGGUGGGCGAAACACUGAGGAAUAAACUGGUCCGACUCAUGACUCACAUCGACACCGACGUCAAAGACUGUGCAGCCGAGUUCCUCUUUGUGCUCUGCAAAGAAAGUGUCUCGAGGUUCAUUAAGUACACUGGAUAUGGCAACGCAGCGGGACUAUUGGCUGCCAGAGGUCUGCUGAGGGGAGGGCAAGACUCUGGCAUUUACUCCGAAGACGAAGACUCGGAGACAGAAGAGUACAAAGAGUUCAAGACGCGCAUUAACCCAAUCACCGGGGUGGUGGAGGAGGACAGGCCUGAUCCAAUGGAAGGGAUGACAGAAGAGCAGAAGGAGCAGGAAGCAAUGAAACUGCUCAACAUGUUCGACAAACUGUCCAGGUGCAAUGUCAUUCAGCCAAUGCAGCUGGAUAUGGAUGGGAAUAUGACAGAACUGACAUUGGAGAAUUUGCAGAACAUGGCCAAAAACCCUUUGCGACAACCAGAGAAUGAAGACAAUUCAGAUGAAGAUGAGUCGUAG